UAGGCCUACAGACUUUUGACUGGGAGUCAUCCCUGAGUUUGUCAUUGGCCUGUGUCGUCCAGACGGUGUCGCCAAAUACUGCCAAUCCAAUCCGGUUUCCUUCAAAGUGCCUGUUCCGUCUCUCCAUGCAAUCAUGCCGCAUUGCUGCAACGCCAAUCAAAGCAUAUUCAGUUAGCUGUUCAAUUUGUCGAUAUUCCAGGAUCCGUCUCAAUGCCCGUCUCUUCUCGACUAUUCCUUCGUUGGACACGUCCACCAGUCGUAGUUCCAUCUUGACGCUCUUGCACAAGACUACGGAGCUCUUGCCCCGAGUUCUACCAUCGUCGACAUCAGAAAGCAUACCGUUCGAACAAUCAUUGCGUCUAUGGAACGACGUUCUAUCUGACGCCUACGACAAUCUUGUUUCAAAUGUCAAGGAUGUCCCUCUAACGGUCACGGUGCUGGAGCUUGAUCAAUGGUCUGGAGCAAGGGAUCUUGUUACUGGUCUCUUACAAGAGCCAUUCGCGUCCGAUGCAUCAAGAAAUGAUCUCAUUGCACAGAGAUGGAACGACGUGCCUCCUAGUCAAACAAGUCUCACCAUUCUGAGUGGAGACCCUGCGGCGCGUGAAUCCCACCUCUUCCCUUGCCAGUCAUCCUAUUUCCAACAAUACCCCACGCGUAUACAGAUACAGGAGUUACCAUACAUCGACACUUCUCAGCCUAAGCCACUUUCAGGCAACGAGCAACAUCUGCGGGCUUUUCUACAAGCUGAUAUUCCCAUCAUUGUUUGCAACCCAUUCACCACCUCGCCAAGAGACGUCUUGACCAACAAAUUAUUCCUAACUAAUCCCCACACCAUCUUUGUAUUCACUUACACGUCUUCUUCUGUUCCCGACCCUGCUUGCCUUUAUCAGCGUUAUCUCGGCGAUGACACCGCAAUAAAUGCCGUAUUUGUUGACCCCUCACGAGCCUUAUCCGCCCUAGACGCCUUGAGGGGGAAUCCAAAGGCUCCAUCAGCCAUACAGAGAUACCAAGAUGGAUUUAUCGGAUCCGGGACUUCGACAUUGACACAUACCAUCAAGAGAAUUCUGUCUGCGACUGGGAAAACGUCUUCCGCAGAUAUAUCGGCUGCCUUGCGGACCCAGACUUGUUUGUCCCAAAUCCGUGGUGUUCUCGCUAUCACCAAUGAGCACAUACGGUUGGAAAGAACCAAGUCAGAUGCGCUUUUUGUUCAAGUCAGUACGCUGCGAGAGCGGAUUGAGGAAGAGCGGAUCAAGGCCUCCGGGGAGGUCUUCGGUGUAACUACGUCCACCGAAGAUGAGAUCACUAGAGUUGCUCAGAAAGAAAUUUCCUCGGAAAUGGACAGACUACCGUGGUGGAGAAUGGUUCCCAGGGUGGAUGAGAUCACGACAACCGUCUCGGCCGCAGUGGGGCGGUCAGGAAGAAGUCUCGAAACAAAGCUCAUUUAUCAUGCCGGGCGUCUUUCCCACACACAGCAGAUGUUCUCCGACGCAAUGUUUGCGUUAUUCCCGAAGAGUAAUAGUUCUCUCCAUUCUUCGGUUUUGCAUAAUACUCUGCUUCAAAUACGAUCAUCGUCAUCUUACCCGCUUACGCCGGACGCUUUGGUAGGACCCCUGGCCAUCCGACGUGCUCAAUUAGUACAGUAUCCCACGGCCAGACUACACCUCGCCGGACAGCAUGUUGUACUUGGUAUGGGCGGUUCCAUCGUCGCUGGUGUUGGUAUAGGCUGGGCUGGUUGGCCUAACUGGCUGGUUGGCGGUAGCGAAAGUGUUAUCGGAUUCCUAGGAGUAGAUGCCGGGACAGCUAUGGGUGCUGGUGCUCUAGUAGCUCUUCUCGGUGUGCGCUGGGGUGUCGGGCAUUGGGAAAAGGCAAAGCAGCGUUGGUGGGAAGACUGGCACCGAGUGGUUGACGGUCUGGAGAGGGACUUGAAAAAAACUUUGGAUGACACUAUGUUGGAGAAGGUGGUGGUGGUUGCAGACAAGGGCUGUAGUGGAUUGAGCACCCUGAUUGGAAAGAGAAACCAAGAAAUCAGCGAAGUUGCUGAAGAAGUAGCUAAACUGUCAAGCGACCUAAAAACCAUAGAUUCCCGAUCCAAAGAUAAUCUAUAACUGUUGUGCCAAUUACAAUUAAUUGUGGGGU